AUGUCGAAGGCUAUCGUGAAAACAACCUUUGAGGCGUCACGGACCCUCCGUCCGAUCUAUACCGGAGGUAGCACGGCACUGGAUGCCAGUGGUCGCAUUUUGCUCUCCUGCAUAGGCGAAGAUGCCUUGAUCGUGGAUUUGGAGACUGGUGACCAGCUCGCCAGCUUGGAAGGAGAUGGAGAAAUCAUUACAAGUUUGGCCAUUACACCAUCCGCAUCGCAUGCUAUUGUUUGCUCCCGGUCUAUGUCUAUGCGUAUAUACACCCUCUCUCCUUUCGAGGAAGGUGCCCAAUCCAUUGAAGCCAAGCUUGUUCGGACCCUCAAACCUCACCCCACCCCGGUGGUUACAUCUGCGAUUGAUGAGACUGGCACAUUGUUGGCGACAGGUGGUGCCGAUGGAUCAGUCAAGGUUUGGGAUAUUCGAGGUGGCUACAUUACACACACCUUCCACGACCGCGGAGUCAUUUCUGCUCUAUGCUUUUUCGAGGUUUCUGGAGACAACGAGAUCAAAUCCUCAUCCAAGAAGUCUAAGCGCAAGGAUGCCGACGAAGAUAUGGAGGAUGCUGGUGCUACAGAGACUACGGCUGGAUUCAGAUUAGCAUGCGGUAGUGAUGAGGGUAAAGUCCGAGUAUUCGAUUUGCACAAGAGGAAGGCGAUUGCAUCACUCGACUCGCAUGUUUCCCUGGUCCGCAGCUUGUCAUACUCUCCUUCAGAAAACGCACUGUUGUCUGCGAGCAGAGACAAGACUGUCAUUAUUUGGGAUGCUAAGACUUGGAAGACUCGCAGGAUCAUUCCUGUUCUGGAAAGUGUGGAGGCCGCAUCUUUCAUUGCAGACAGCAGCCUGUGCGUGAUUGGUGGUGAGAAUACCAAACUGCGCGUGUGGGACUGCAACCGCGGCAGUGAGGUUACAGAAGAACAAGAGGCAGGUGAAGAGUUUGAGUCAAUUAUCUCUAUCCAAUAUUCGGCCAGUCUGCCCUACGUGAUGACUGUUCAUGCCGAUCAGACUAUCCGCAUGCACUCAAUUGAAGCUCUGUCAGAUUACAAGCCAGGAUCAACACUGCCGCCAUUGAAUAUUGUUCGCCGCAUCUCUGGAAAUGAUGACGAGAUUAUUGACUUGGCUUUCAGCAUCCGUCUUGUUUCUGUUGCCCCAUCUGCAGAUCGACCAUCAGUCGAAGGCGAACAAUUCUUUGGUGCUGAUAUUGCCCAUCUUGAGGGUCACGAAGACAUCAUUAUUGCCCUUGAUGUGGACUGGUCUGGCCACUGGCUUGCAACUGCUGCGAAGGAUAAUACCGCCAGACUUUGGCGUCUUGACCCGAAGACUUCAUCAUACAUAUGCUUUGCCAUCUUUACUGGUCAUGCUGAAUCCUUGGGCGCAAUUGCUUUGCCGCGAACACCGCCACCCGUUGGCAGUGCUGCCUAUAACGACCCCGUCAACCACCCGCCAUCAUUCAUGAUCACUGGUUCCCAAGAUCGCACCCUGAAGCGCUGGGAUACCGGCAAGUUGGCUCCUCUUAAGGGCGAUAAGACACACUCCCCCAAGGCUAUCUUCACCAGGAAAGCACACGAAAAAGAUAUCAAUGCUCUUGAUAUUGACCAUACGUCUACUCUGUUCGCAUCUGCAUCUCAGGAUCGAACUGUGAAGAUCUGGGAUGCCGAUGAGGGAUCUACCAUCGGUGUUCUUCGAGGCCAUAAGCGAGGUGUCUGGUCUGUACGAUUUGCUCCUCGUGACACUCCUAUCAUCAAUUCCGAUGCUGGAACCAGCACAUCACGAGGCUUGAUUGCAACCGCCUCCGGUGAUAGCACUGUCAAGCUAUGGUCUUUGUCUGACUACAGCUGUCUUCUUACAUUUGAGGGACACACCGGAAGUGCUCAGAACGACGAUGAUGAUGAUGACGACGAGAUGGACGGCAAGGCCGCCAAGAAUGCUAUUCAGACACGACCUCUUAUCGCUUCAGCAGCAGCUGAUGGCCUGGUGAAGAUCUGGAGCCCAUACACUGGCGAACAGGAAACUGUUCUGGACAAUCACACAGACCGAGUCUGGUCACUCGCCAGUCCAACCCCAUCUGGCUCUCGCUCCGAUGUUAAGCCCACCUCAUCCAAAAUCAACUCUGCCCCAUACGCCCUCGCCUCUGGUGCCGCUGAUGCCACUGUCACCAUGUGGACCGACACCACCUCCGCCACCUACACAGCCGCCGUGAACGCCAGCUCUGAGCGCAUUGAGCAAGACCAACAGCUGCAGAACUACAUCCGCGCUGGCUCUUACCGUGAAGCUAUCGUGCUGGCUCUCCAGCUGAACCACCCGGGCCGUCUGCUCUCGCUCUUCACUGCCGCCAUCGAUGCCUCUGAUGACCCAACGCUGUCUGUCGAGGAACGUCAGCGCGCCGCAAACAGCUUGACUGGUAACCCAUCUAUCGAUGAGGUUCUUCAGUCUCUUGAUGCUGCCAACCUGCGUACAUUGCUGCUCCGCCUCCGUGAUUGGAACACCAAUGCUCGUACCUCCCGUGUUUCGCAACGUAUUCUCUAUGCUUUGUUCCGGUCAUACCCUGCUUCCACUUUCGUUGACUUGGCAUCCCAGUCCGUGCGUGAUAAGGAUGGACGUGCUGCCGCUGGAUUGAAGGAUAUCCUGGCUGCCAUGGCUGCAUACACUGAGAGGCAUUACAAGCGUGUUGAGGAGCUCACAGAUGACUCUUACCUGGUAGAGUGGGUACUGGGUGAGAUGGAUGGUGGUGUUGGACUCGGUGGACUCAAGAGUCUCGAUGUAAAUGACGAUGUGGAGGAGCAUGAAAAGGAUGUGAUUAUGUUGGAAGCUUAA